AUGAGUUUAAAAAAGAUUAUCGACGUCAAAACAGUUAGAAACCUUCUCAGAAAAGGUGUUUUCAACAAGGAGGGUGUCAGACUGUUGGACUGUUCGUUUGCUGUGGCUCCUCGAUCAGAUUGGCAAGAAUUCAAGAAAAAACACUACGGAAAGUUUGAAAAGGCUUUAUCUACUCCAAGCAAGUAGGUUUUCAGAUUUCUACUUAGUUUUAUUCUGAGGAAAGUUCAGUUCUCGAUUACUUUACUUAUCUGGUCAUAUUCCUGAAGCAGUUCAUUUCGACUUCGAUUAUGCAAUGUAUCCGUCAAAGUACGAACGUUUCACACAUUAUCCUCCUGAGAUUUUUGAGAAAUAUGCUCAAGUGAGUAAAAUUAAGUUUUCGAAGCUCAGUUUCAUAGUUUAAUUACAGUUGAUUGGACUAAAUUCUGGCGAACAUUUAGUAUUCUAUGGUCGCGGACCGCUGGGUGGAAUGCUUUUUGCAUCGAAAGCAGCCUGGCUGUUCAAGGUAGCAAUUUAUAGUGGAUAGAACUGUCAAUUCUGAUAUUGAAGUCUUAUGGACAUGACAAGGUUUCUUUGGUCGACGGCGGCUUUGAUACCUGGAGGCAACAUAAAUUCGAAGUAUCCACCGAAGAUCUUCAACUUCCAGUUAGUUUUCUGUGAAUUUUCUUGUGAGACCUCUGUUCAGUCAGGCAACUUUCCGGCAAAAGACAGCUUCAGAGAUCACCUAGUUGAUUUCGAUCACCUUACCCAAAAAGAUGAAAAUGGAAAGCAAUACAUUGAAAAAACCUCCGAGGUCAGUUUUAGCAUGUAAUUGUCAUUUUAUUUCUACUUUCUGAGGUGAACUUCUUGGAUUCUCGGUCCCGUGGCCAGUUUAACGGAACCGAAGACACUGGUCUUGACCCUUGGAGUUUGUUUUUGAUUAUGAGCGCAAACAUAGGUAAAUAUUCCAGAAGUUAAUGGUUCAAGGAUCGCUGGAUUUAAAAACGCUCCUGCAGCAGAGCUUUUCAACCAGAACAAAACGCUUAAAAACGAAGACGAACUUUUUUCUUGUAAGUUUUUCACUAAUAUCGGAGUAAGAAUGAUAAUUUUAGGGUUGAAAUCGAAUGGAAUGGUUGACGGACAAGAAGUCGUGACGAGUUGCAACGCCGGCGUCCAAGCAGCCCUUCUGGCCUACGUCAUCGAUUCUUUGAACCCGAAUUCGAAACCAAAGCUUUAUAACGUAUAUUCGACCCUUCUUUCGAUGAAUCAACUUUUUUGUUUGAGGGCUCUCUGAAAGAAAUGGAGCAGCGAGAUCCGAAGAAAAUUUCCGAGGGACCACAACAUUUGCCUUCGAAAUAA